AUGGAUUGUAGCAACGUUUUUCUUCAGACUUGGACUUUCCCAGCCAGCCAGCUGGACGCCACGCUUCACAAUGGCACAGCCCUAGUCACCAGAACAGUCACUUCCCAUUCUCAUCUUCUGACCCUACCAAUCGAGCUCAGGAUGAUGAUAUGGGGCCUCCUCCUACCCGAUCCCAAGGUCGUGCUCGCCAAGAUGCGGGACGUGACCACGGACGAAGACUGGGAGAACGGCAUAACCAACCGAAUGCAAUUCUAUCUCGAGCACCACUCCGGCCAAUCCAAGCCUCAGGUGCCACUCCUGUCCAAGAUUUGCCAGGACUCGAGGGCCUUCCUGUUUGAUCACGGCGGCUUCGCAUUUGGCAAGGCGGGAGAAGGUGGAAUUUGGUGGAAUGCAAAAACCGACAUGCUGGUGAUCGAUUCCACCUGGGAAGAUGGAGACUUCGUAACCCAGUUCGAUGGCAUGGGCGGACUCCAGCAUAUCAAGCAUCUCGCCUUGAACACAACCCAGGCAGGGGACCUGGCUUACCGAGUGGUCUACAUGGCCGAGGAGAUCAACAUGCCCCGCGAUCACCGCCAGCCUCUAGCCAUCGAGCUCACCUUCAGGAGCCACUCCAGGGGCUGCGGUCCAACUGACCACUUCAUCCCACGGCUUUUUACCGAUCUGGAGCACAUUAUGCUGUACUUUCCGGAGCUCAACGACCCUGGUUGUUGCCGUUCCGCCCCGAGCCACUCUCAUUCGGUAGAGGCAGGAUGUCACGCCCACCCAACACAGCUCAUCUCUGAAGGAUCUAUCACCAGGAAGGUCGAUAUUAACCUCAACCUACCGGGCGAGGCCGGAAUGGAAGGGGCAGUCCAGUCGAUGAGGCAGUGUCGACAGCUGUGGGUGGACGUAAAUAACCAGCAUACGCUGGUUCCCUUUCACCAAGGUGGGAAGUUCUACAUCUCCCAUGCUUGGGCUUGGCAGCGAGGAUGCCAAUUUGGUGACGAGUUGCCGACUGGGGUCACACGACACCUCAUUACCUGUGAGGAGAUGAUGGAGGAUGACUUGGUGGCGUUGUGA